CUUUGGGCGGGUCAGUCACGUGGGCAGGACCGGGGGCGGUCCAUCCUGCGCCUCGGCGGGUGUGAGGUGCAUGGAAACGGCGGCCGUUUGGGAGGAGACUCCGGGGGAGGCCGAGACGCCGGUUGAGAGAGAGAGAGAGCGAGAGCUGCCGGUCCCAAAGGAAAAGCUUUCUCUCGAAUGUCGAUCAGUGAAUGAAAAUUGGACCAUAAUAUAGGAAACAUUGUUGAUAAUAGACUGAAAGGGGAAUUAGCAUUGCCAACUUUGGUGCUAUAUGGAACAGCUCAUUUUUGACUAUCGAUGCCCCAAAAUCCCUGGGCUUAACCAAUUGGGCUUUGACCCUGCAAACAACAAUGAACCACUACAGUUUGGAAACACAAAUGGCCCACUGGUGACCGAAUGUUCUAUUGAGGGCAGCCACGAGUCAAAUAAGAAAAGGAAACGGAAUAACAUUGCUGCAGAUGGUAUCAGAAGCUUAGGUUUGGACUCCAGCCCACUAGGAAUGUCCAUGUCGGACCCAACAGCCUGGGCCACAGCCAUGAACAAUCUGGGCAUGGCACCAAUGGGAAUAACUGGACAGCCGCUCAUGUCAGAGUUCGACCCAGGCCUUGGCAUGAUGCCUGGAAUCGCACCUCUUAAUCCAAUGAUGCCUGGAUUGGGCAUCGUCCCUCCUGGCAUCUCCCAAGAAAUGCCUGUGGUCAAGGAAAUCAUCCACUGUAAAAGCUGCACACUCUUCCCUCCGAACCCAAAUAUUCCGCCUCCUGCCACGCGAGAUAGGCCUCCAGGAUGUAAAACAGUCUUUGUUGGCGGCUUGCCAGAGAAUGGCACGGAAGACAUCAUUACUGAAGUCUUUGGACAAUGUGGUGAAAUUAUAGCUAUUCGUAAAAGCAAGAAGAACUUCUGUCACAUUCGUUUUUCAGAUGAAUACAUGGUGGACAAAGCUAUCUUCUUGUCAGGUUACAGAAUUCGAUUGGGCUCCAGCACGGACAAGAAGGACACAGGUCGCCUCCACGUUGACUUUGCUCAAGCCAGAGAUGACCUGUAUGAAUGGGAAUGUAAGCAGCGAAUGAUCGCAAGAGAGGAACGCCAUCGCCGAAGGAUGGAAGAAGAGAGAAUGCGACCAGCCUCUCCCCCACCAAUAGUGCAUUAUUCAGAGCAUGAAAGUACUGUGCUGGGUGAAAAGCUUCGAGACGACUCAAAAUUCGGCGAAGCUGUUCAGAUCCUGCUGACGUGGCUGGAACGGGGGGAGGUGAAUCGUCGCUCAGCCAACAUCUUCUACUCCAUGAUCCAGUCAGCAAACAGCCACAUUCGAAGGCUGAUGAACGAAAAAGUUGUGCAUGAGAAAGAGAUGGAGGAAGCCAAAGAAAAGUUUAAGAAUGCUCUCUCAGGGAUCCUGGUUCAGUUUGAGCAGAUUGUCUCCGUUUUCCACUCUGCCUCCAAGCAAAAGGCGUGGGACCAUUUCUCGAAAGCUCAGCGCAAGAACCUGCAUAUGUGGCGAAACCAAGCAGAGGAAAUCCGCAAUGUCCACAACGAUGAGCUUAUGGGCAUUCGGCGUGAAGAAGAAAUGGAAAUGUCUGACGACGACAUGGAAGAAAUGCCAGAGGAUAGAAUGACAGAUGAAUCGGCACUGGCCGCCCAGGCAGAAGCACUUAAAGAGGAGAACGACAGCCUCCGCUGGCAGCUUGAUGCCUACAGGAAUGAGGUGGAGUUGCUGAAGCAGGAGCAGGGGAAGCUGUACCGCACGGAUGAAGAGACAACGAGGGACCAACAACUAAAGCUACUGCAACAAACAUUGCAAGGGAUGCAGCAGCAACUUCUGAAUUUGCGAGAGGAAUGUAAAAAGAAAGAAUCUGAACUGCAAAAAGUGAAGGAAGAGAAACUGGAGACUGAGCUGUUGUUGGAGGCAUUAAAGGAAAAGCAGGAGAAUGCAGAUAAAGAUGAUGGGUCCAAAGAAAGCGAGAACCAGGAAAACAGCAACACAGCAACGGGAGGAAGGACAUUGGCUUCCACCCAAGACAAGGAAGGCGAGUUGGACAAGAGUGUCACAGGACCUGUCCGGUCUGAGAGGGAAGCACUGCUUGUGGGUAUAAUUUCUACGUUUCUCCAUGUCCACCCGUUUGGGGCCAGCAUAGAGUAUAUAUGUUCUUAUCUCCAGCGACUGGAUGCCAAGAUCUCGCCUAAUGAAAUAGAAGCCCUCAUGACCCGCCUACAUCAUAUGUUCCACCAGGAAGUGACGGGAGUUGGAGCGAGUUUGGAAAAACGUUGGAAAUUCUGCGGCUUCGAUGGAAUCAAGAGCCUCUAGGAGCAGCAAGAGUGAACAUUUACAGUGUAUUGGGAGGACUGUAUGGAAACGCAGCUGAUUCCCACUGAUCUAGAUGCCACAUUGUUUUGGUUUCUAUGAUGAGAGACGUUUGUAAGAAAUGAGCGACUCUUCAGACUGGAGCAGUGCCACUGCGCCGAGAAGCGAGCAUUAAUGGACCGGAUUUUGCUUGGGUGAAGAGAGUGAGAUUCACCAUAAUUGUUGGCAUAACAAGUGGAAGGUGUAGCAGGUGAAACAAUAGAGUUGGUCGUGAGGGGAAUACAUGAAAGGCAACACUGUAGUCGGGUGAAAAUUUACACUCAUUCUCUAAUCGCGCUUCCGUAUCUCUGGGAUUGCAUAUCGGUCUCCUGUCCAGCUCGCUUUCCCUGUGCGCCAGUCCACAAGAGUAUGACGAUCAUAUUUACCAGGAUAUUUGACGGGAUUCUUUGCCCUCUUUCCCCCCCCCCCCCACCCUU